CUGAAUAACCCAUACUCUGGUCAGAAUGCUCCGUCGAACGACAUUUUUGCAUCACCGGUACCGAGUCAGUUGAGAGGAGAGCCUGCUGGAAAUAGUGGCAAAUCAGUGCACUGGUCACCUGCGCUGGUUCAGGAACGAGCGCAUCCUUACGAUAUCUCUCGUUCCACGCUCAAAUCUUUGCCAUCUCAAUCGGGGCAGUUCGCCGCUUCAUUAACUCUUAGCCCAGCGCCUCCUCUGCGUUCUCUCAAAGAUGAUAUAGAGCCAGUACGGAAAAUGUCACGCCGAUCAAUGCAUAUUCGUGCAACGGAUUCGUCUGCCACUACGGCAUCAGCUUCCCAGCCAGCAACAGAACAGUUGCAGUCGUCCGCUGAAACUUGGGUCACUGUAUAUGGUUUCCCACCCGAACAAGCAGCCAAUGUUCUCAAGCAUUUUUCUCGCCAUGGCGAAAUUAUCAGUCACCAGUUUCACGAUAAUAAAUUCUUUAUUCAGGUGCCGAACCAAGGAAAUUGGAUGCACAUUCGCUACUCCUGUCCAGUACAUGCACGACAAGCUCUUUGCCGCAAUGCAUCACUUAUUGACUCUUCACUACGUGUUGGCGUAAUUCCUUGCUCAGAUAAGGUACUGAAAUUGUUCGAUAUAUGUGAGCAGUUCGAAAGUUAUUCCAAUCUAGGACAUCGUUGGAACAGACUUUUUCAACUCCAAGAUAAUGUCACCCCUUUCCAACCAUUCAUUCAUGGUUGA